CCAACCCAACCCUAGGAGAGGAGAAGCGUGUGUGGAGAGCGGCUGCCGGCGGCGCGGCGGCGAUGAGGGCGGUGACCGGCAGCAUCGUGUCCUCGAAGAGCAAGCGGUGCUCGCUGUUGAAGGCCGAGCGCGUCCUGGAAAGCUUCGGCGAGCGCAACUCGUCGGGCCUCCCCUCCUCCGACGCCGCCACCUACCUCCGCACCACCGCCGACGCCGUCCGCGACCUCCGCUUCUACCUCAUCGACCUCCGCAAGCGCCUCCAGCUCCAACAGGUGGACGUGGACGUGGAGGAGGACAGUGAGAGGAAGCGGAGGAACAAGCAAGAGAGGCGUGUCGUCAAGCAGGAGGAGGAGGAGGCGGCGGUGGUGUCCAAAGUAGGGAUCAGUUUGCUUCCCAGGAAGAAGAAGAAGAAGAAGGAGGAGGAGGAGAAAGACAUCAUCAUCAUCAAGCAGGAAGAAGAACAAGAGGAGCACAAGAAGAAGCGGAAGCAUGCCGCACAAGAGUUGGUCGAGGUGAAGAAAGAAGAAGAAGCUGAUUUCGUCGACCCCGAUUUGGGGAGCGACAAGAAGAAGCAGAAAAAGAAGAAGAGGAGCAGAGAUGGCGCCGAUGACAAUGGCAACGCCGCCCAAGAAGCAGAGCAUACCAAGAAGAAGCAGCGCAAGUAGUAAUAAUACUGUCUGGGAGGUUAGUUUAGGCCUUGGAACAAGAACCCAUACUGCCUACUUGCAAAUGUGUCAUGAGGAGGAUAUUUUCAAUGAUUUAGAAGAACGGUGAGGUUGAUUUAGCUGUCUGUCGCAUUCUAGGCUUUAUUAUUCUAGUACAAUUGAGUCUUUUAAAGACAGGCCACUCUGGUAGACUCUGUUUUUGUCUUGUGACACUUAUCAUUAUGCAAUGCCAUUGUCUUGUCGCAAUGAAA